AUGUCUCGCCCUCUUCUAGAAAGAAUGCAACGAUUUGUCGAGUUCAUCAACUCGGGCGAUGAAAGUCUGGGGAAGGCUGUGGUUUCUGAAUCAGCCCAAUUCCACGUUCCGUUCUCACCAGAACCUCUCAAAGGUUUGUCUGGGUACAUGCAGAUUCUCGACAUGAUGCGCUCUGCUUUUCCAGAUGUUCAAUGGACUCUUGACGAUACGGUCAUUGAGGACGAAAGAGUUGUAGCGCAGUUUACUCUGCGCGGAUCCCACAACGGUGAAUUCUUUGGCGUUCCGGCUUCUGGGAAACCAAUCCAGGCACGAGCUAUAAACAUGUAUCGUUUCAAAUAUGGCAAAAUUGUGGAAGAGACCGGGUUGCCUGACAUCUUUGGAAUAAUGUUGCAAAUUGGAGCUGUGAAACCCCCAGGCGCGCCGUAG